AUGUUGGGCCUUCUGGCGAUGUUGGGCUGGAUAUCUACGGCAGCAUGCUAUGCUGUUGAUGGUUAUGUGGCUAAUUUACGGCCCGAAUGGGUUUCUGGUGUCACUGUGAGGCUGGAAGAUGUGCUAACUGGGCAGCAGGACCUGCAAUACAUCACCGCGGGAGGCAACUUCACUUUCCACAACAUACAGGCAGGCCAGUACCUCGUUACUGUGGACUCGCCUAUUGUUUCGUACGAUUAUCGCUACAAAUUAACCAUCUCCGAGGAGGGAUUGUUAGCCAACAAGCUUCUGUAUGGCCACGCGCUAACCGACGUCGGUCCGUCUGACGCUUACCCACUAGCGUUUACUGGAUAUAAGAAGCACCAAACAGUUGUACAGCGGCCUGGGUUCAGUUUCUGGGCCUUGAUUAAGCAACCUAUGGUGUUUAUGGGUCUCAUUACGAUGCUGUUAAUGGAAGGAAUGCCCCUUUUGGUGUCUUCGCUGGAUGAAGAGACUCUGGAACAGGUCAGGCAAUCGGGUGGAAGUAUCGAAGCUGCCAAGAAAAUCGCAGAAAAGCAUUCUAAAUAA